CCAACGACCAAUGUUCGCCCGACCGCUGCGGCAGCCUUGCUCGCCUCCCGCUCUCCGCCAUGUGCGCACAUAUGUCGUGCGCCUUGAGCCUACGGUGGAAUACCCCAACCAGCCCGGACCGCGCAAGUACAACGCGCGCAAAACCUAUCUAUACAACAAGUACACCCACCUAAUCGAGUCCAGUCCACAAAAACCCGUCCUCCUCUUCAUGCACUCCGGAUUCACGGUGCCACGACUCAUAAAUCUGCGACUCGACAUUGCGAAAGCAGCGGCGCGGCAUGCCAGCGCACCGUCGCUAGUGGGGCCUUCACCAGCUCCGGCCCAAGAGCCACCCACGCUCACCUUCAUACGGUCGUCCAUCUUCGGUGUCGUAUUGCGGGACCUUACAUCCCUCGACAAAACCACUGUUGUCGACUUUGCGAGCGAGAUAGAGGGCGGUCUCGCGGCGCUCAGCUUCCCGAACCUCAACCCACCGCAACUGAACGCCAUCCUCAAGAUGCUAGAAAAGACGCUCCGGCCGCCUCGCCAGAAAACCGAGGCCGAGCUCGCGCACGAGCGCAAGCUGGCCGAGGCGUCAUUCGUACCCGGCCGACGACCCAAACGCGUACGAGACCCACCCACCCCGCAGCUCACGCUGGCCGGCGCGCUCAUCGAGGGCCGGCUCUUCCAGGCGCCAGGCGUACUGAAGGUGACGGAGCUGCCGACCCUGGAAACGCUACGUGCGCAGCUGGUGGGAAUGCUGAGCGCUCCGGCGAUGCAGCUGGCGAUGGUGCUCGGUGAGGCGAGUGGCGCGAAGUUGCAUCGGACGCUGGAGGGGUUGAGGAAGGGGCUGGAGGAACGCGACGCGGGGCCGAAGGAGGGGCAGGCUACGGAAGAGUCCUCGUCAUAGUCCGUGUGUCGUCGCGAGCUGCACGUCUGCCUAUCGUAAAAUGCUAAUUGCUGGGUUUACCGGGAC